AUGAACCCAGCGCCACCAGCAAGGCCUCCUCCAACACCCAAAAAGGAGGUACAACUCCAAGGUCCACGCCCUUCCCCUCUCAGAGUCAACAAGGACUCCGUCAAGAUCAAGAAGCCACCGCCACACCCCCACCCACAUCCACACCCAGCAUACACCCAGCAUCCCCAUCCACCUCCACAGCCGGUGGUGAUCUACUCAGUCUCUCCCAAAGUUAUCCACGCCACAGAAAACGAGUUUAUGUCCUUAGUCCAACGCCUCACCGGCCCUUCCACCUCUCCGCCCUCCUCCUCCGCCGACGGCCUCUCACCGGCUGCAAGGCUCGCCUCCGUACACAAGACAAGCCCUAAUUCUUCAACCUCGGAUUACAACAAGGUCGUGGCCGGCGCCGCCACCACUAGUACUAGCAUUGACGACGACUUCAUGACAAGUAUUUUCAAUAAUCUUGAAGCUCAAGGAGGCGGAGGAGGAGGAGGGUCAGUGCAACUUGACGAAAUGGGUCAAUUUCCGGGCAUAUUGUCUCCGGCGCCAGCGUCUCUGCCGGCGGUCCCAAGUGGGUUAUUCUCACAUCAACAUCAGCAUGACGUCAUAAGCAGCCCAAUGUUUAAUAAUUGGAUGGGGAUGGCCAAUAGCCCUGGGCCGGCUUCUGCUUUGGUUUCUCCCAGCCCCUGCUCAUGGGACCUCUUCAACCAUUUCUUACACUACGUUUGA